ACAGUCCCAAAUUUUAGAGGUGUUAUUGCAGGCUUAGGAAUCGAUAUUCACUUCCGUCUUUUGGAAAGGAUUUUUAUUACCGGACCCGUCAGCGAAGACUACGAGGCCGACGAUGUAGGCUUGUUCCUCGCAGGAGGCUUCCGAGUACUUGACGAAGGUGAAAAAAUGUUGGCAGACUUGAUCAAGCAACAGAUCGUUUACGACGUUGCUGUCGAGUUGUCAACCAUAUGUGACGGGAUUAGUGCCAAUUCUUCUCUUGGAGAUGAGCAGAUUCUGGAGAUGAUGGAAAGCUUGCGUCGUUUAGUCUGGAAGACAGAGUCUCUGAGUCAAUCAACGGGGACAGCAACUAAAGAAAAGUCGCUACGAACAAUAUCCGAAGACAGUUCGUCACCGAGCUAUUCAACAGAAGCUGAUCAAGCGCACUUUAAUCAAAAUAAUGGCUAUGCUGAUGAAAUAGUAGAUACUCCUCAAAUUUACAGUGAGCUGAUCAAAAAUAAUGGACCAAAUACAACUGCACUUGGUGAAAUUAAUGAAGAGGAGGAAACAAUAUUUUACAUGUUCCCCGUGAAACAAGAAACGCCACUUGGUGGAUGGCUAAUGGGAGACGCUACAAUAAUCGACUUUGCUGAUCCGAGAUCUUCGGCCGCGUUGGAAGCCAUGCGUCAACAGCAAGGAAUUACGAUUGGAAAUCAAGUAUCGACAGCGAACGAGGAAUUUUUUGCGCCGCCGAAUCCCAACGAUGGCAACCAGCAGGGCGCAGGGAUUAUUAUUAAAGUCGAUACAUACCAGAAGAUACAUCGACUCCAGUUCUGA